GAAAGAUUUCACCCAAAACUUUGAAAGCCUGGAUAUCUGCUGUCUCUGUCCUGAUUUUCUGGAUAGAUCUCCUGGAUGUCACUGAAAAUUUCAACGCAAUUUUGGCAAAUGGAUUGAUGGGACUACAGCUGGUGGUUCCAUGAAAAAUAUAGAGACUUUUUGGAAAAACCCUCAGUUUCGUGUGAGGAUUGAGGAGCUUAGUGAGGACUGUACACACGAGGAGGGUGCUGAAAACACACUGGUGUCUCUCAUGCAGAACCACGAGAAGAGAAACAGAAGUAGCCAAAAAAACUACAUGAUUGGUUUCUAUGUUUUUAAGAUGAGAGGUGAGAGUGGGAGGUUCUCAGCUGAGUUCUUCAAAGACAAAAGACCUAUAAAGUCUUUCGACGGUUUGAGAGAGGUGAUGGAGUUUUUCUAG